AUGGCGGGUGAGGAAAUUGAAGCAUCCCCAAGCCACCAUUCAGUUUCAGAUAAUGGCCAAGGACCAAGUACAGCAAGUAUUUCAGCCAUAGUUCAUCGCUGGAAAUGGUGGUUUAUGGUGGCAAUCAACAUUGCCUUGCUCUUAAUAGGCCAAUCUGGUGCAGUCAUUCUGGGAAAAUUCUACUUUGACCAAGGUGGAAAAAGUCUAUGGAUGGCAACACUAGUCCAAUCUGUAGCUUUCCCUGUCCUCUUUCUCCCUUACUUCUUUUUCCCACGCCCCCAAAACCUUCCCAUUCAAUCUUCUUUCCAAACUCUCACCAUAGCCUACUUCUUCCUAGGCAUCUUACUAGCAGGGGACAGUCUUAUGUACUCAUAUGGACUCUUAUAUCUUCCUGUUUCUACGUACUCCCUCAUUUGUGCUUCCCAGUUAGGUUUCAAUGCCGUCUUUUCAUUCUUCAUUAAUUCCCAGAAGAUCACCCUUUUGAUCUUAAACUCUGUGAUCCUCCUCACAGUAUCAGCUUCACUCAUUGCAGCUCACUCUGAUGAAAAGACCAGAAAAUUUUCCAGUAGAGAGUUCAUUAUUGGGUUUAUAUGUACUAUAGGUGCAUCAGCAGGGUAUGCACUUUGGCUCUCUCUUAUGCAACUAACAAUUGAAAAGUUGUUGAAGAGGGAAACAUUCUGGGUUGUGUUAGAGAUACAGAUUUGGACAUGUCUUGUUGCUUCAAUUGUGUGCUUAGUGGGUUUGUUUGCAGGUGGGGAAGUGAAGGGAUUGAGGGAAGAAAUAGAAGGGUUUGAAAGAGGAAAAGCAGGUUAUGUUUUGACAUUGGUUGGGACAGCUUUGUGUUGGCAGGUUUGUUCUGUUGGAGUUGUGGGACUAAUCUAUGUUGUGUCUUCUCUUUUCUCCAACAUUGUUAGUAUGAUGAGUUUGCCUCUUGUUCCUUUGGCUGCUGUGGUUUUGUACCAUGAAAAUAUGGAAGCAGUCAAGGUUGUGGCUUUGUUGCUGGCAAUUUUGAGUUUUGCUUCUUAUAUCUACCAGAAUUAUCUUGAUCAAAAUAAGCUGAAACAGCAAGAAGUUCAGUCAGUUUAG